AAAAGCCAAAGUCCAAACCCCACCGAAACGGCGGCCCGCUUUCCUAGCCCCUCUGGCCCCUAGGCGCAGGUUAGCAAGCGAAACUCGUCUUCCAAUCUCGCUCCCUCUGAUUGUGGCCUCUGCAACGAUGCUUGUGGCUUGAAAUCAAACGCCACGCAGCAAAAUCUAGGGUUCCAGACAGUUCCAAUGGCCAACGUCUCCGUAGCUGCUGAAUGGCAGCUCCUCUACAAUCGCUACUACCGCAAGCCGGAACUCUAUCCAAUGCAAUGGCGCCACGUCGACCUCGGCCGCAACAAGGUCGCCUGUGCCCCCUUUGGCGGGCCAAUCGCCGUCAUCCGUGAUGACUCCAAGAUCGUCCAGCUCUACGCCGAAUCAGCCCUCCGCAAGCUCCGCAUCUUCAAUUCCGCUGGCAUCAUGAUAGCUGAAACCGUGUGGAGGCACCCAGGCGGUCGCUUGAUCGGCAUGUCGUGGACCGACGAUCAAAUCCUUGUGUGCAUUGUUCAAGAUGGCACGGUUUACCGCUAUAACAUCCACGCCGAGCUUGUCGAGCCGAAUUUGUCGAUGGGUCGCGAGUGUUUCGAGCAAAAUGUGGUAGAGUGUGUGUUUUGGGGGAAUGGGGUGGUGUGCACCACCGAGGGAAAUGAGAUAUUUUGUAUUCCAGAUUUUAAGAAUCCGAAACCGUGUAAGCUUGCUGACCCAGGAAUUGAUGAGUCGCCACUGUGUGCAGCGGUGAUUGAACCGCAGUACACAGUGUCGGGCAAUGUGGAGGUGCUUCUUGGGGUCGGGGAUCAUGUGGUGCUGGUUGAGGAGGAUGGCGUUCAGCAGAUGGGGGUUGGAGUGGGCCCACUGCAGAAGAUGGUGGUUUCACGGAAUGGGAAGCUGUUGGCCUCUUUUACGCACGAUGGGCGACUUUUGGUUAUGACUACGGACUUCUCAAGAAUAAUUUUUGAGUACAAUUGCGAGUCAGCUCUUCCUCCAGAGCAGCUAGCUUGGUGUGGAAUGGACAGUGUGCUACUUUAUUGGGAUGAUAUGCUUUUGAUGGUGGGUCCGUAUGGAGAUCCAGUGCGCUAUCUUUAUGAUGAACCAAUAAUUCUUAUCCCAGAAUGUGAUGGAGUAAGAAUUCUUUCAAAUACAAGCAUGGAAUUUCUACAACGGGUUCCUGAUUCCACUGUAUCGAUCUUCAAAAUUGGAAGCACACUGCCUGCAGCUUUACUGUACGAUGCAUUGGAUCAUUUUGACAGGCGAAGUGCUAAGGCAGAUGAAAAUUUGAGAUUGAUACGGUCAUCCUUGCCCGAGGCUGUUGAAGCAUGUGUUGAUGCAGCAGGCCAUGAAUUUGCUAUUUCACGACAAUGGACAUUGCUAAGAGCUGCAAGCUAUGGCCAAGCCUUUUGCAGCAAUGUUCAACGGGAUCAUUUUCAAGAAAUGUGUAAAACUCUACGGGUCUUAAAUGCUGUGCGCAACCAUGACAUUGGCAUUCCUCUUAGUAUUCAGCAAUAUAAGUUACUUACACCAUCAGUUCUCAUUGCUCGUUUAAUUAAUGAACACCACCACCUUCCUGCGCUACGCAUAUCAGAGUACCUUGGAAUGAAUCAAGAGGUGGUGAUAAUGCACUGGGCAUGUUCUAAAAUAACAGCUUCAUUAGCAAUUCCAGAUGCCGCUCUCCUUGAAAUCUUGCUUGAUAAGCUUAGAUUAUGCAAAGGCAUAUCCUAUGCAGCAGUUGCAGCUCAUGCAGAUAAGAGUGGCCGUAGGAAGUUAGCUGCCAUGCUUGUUGAACAUGAGCCACGUGCCUCCAAACAGGUUCCUCUCUUGCUAAGCAUAGGAGAGGAAGAUACAGCUUUGACAAAGGCAACUGAAAGUGGUGAUACAGACCUUGUUUACCUUGUUCUUUUUCAUAUUUGGCAGAAGAGGCCAGCUUUGGAGUUUUUCGGGACCAUACAGGCCAGACCUCUGGCACAUGAUUUAUUUAUAACCUAUGCUCGGUGUUAUAAGCACGAAUUAUUGAAGGAUUUUUUUCUUUCAACUGGACAGCUACAGGAUGUGGCUUUCCUUUUAUGGAAAGAGUCAUGGGAACUUGGACCGAAUCCAAUGGCAAGCAAAGGAUCUCCACUUCAUGGUCCACGCAUAAAAAUUAUUGAGAAGGCCCAACAUCUUUUUGCAGAGACCAAGGAUCAUGUAUUUGAGUCGAAGGCUGCUGAAGAGCAUGCAAAAUUAUUAAGAAUGCAACAUGAGUUAGAAGUGACCACAAAGCAGGCAAUAUUUGUUGAUUCAAGUAUUAGCGAUACAAUUCGCACAUGUAUUGUACUAGGAAAUCAUCGAGCUGCAAUGAAAGUGAAAACAGAAUUUAAGGUUUCUGAGAAGAGAUGGUAUUGGCUUAAGGUCUUUGCUUUGGCUACAAUCAGAGAUUGGGAUGCACUGGAAAAAUUUUCUAAGGAGAAGAGACCGCCAAUUGGUUUUAGGCCAUUUGUAGAGGCGUGCAUUGAUGCAGAUGAGAAAGGUGAAGCUCUGAAAUAUAUCCCAAAACUUGCAGAUCCCCGAGAAAGAGCAGAGUCUUAUGCUCGGAUUGGAAUGGCCAAGGAAGCUGCUGAUGCUGCAUCUCAAGCCAAAGAUGGCGAACUGCUUGGUCGGUUGAAAUUAACUUUCGCACAAAAUGCAGCAGCUUCAUCAAUAUUUGAUACACUUCGAGACCGUUUGUCCUUCCAAGGCAUUUCUUAGCUCAUUUUGUGCCAUUUUUCACGUUGCAUUCGUAUAUCCAUCUAUGUCAGCAUAAGGGAACAGUGAACAAGUUACCUUCCAGGCCGUAGUGGAGCCCGUGAUCAGCAUAAGAAAACAGUGAACAAGUUAGACUUUGGUGACCUGAUCAAGUUGCAUGAAGAGGUUUGCUUUCUAUUUUCUUCGGUCUGCAGUGCAAGGGUCGAGAUGUAGGAUUGCUUCAUGAUGCGUAUUGAUUUUGUUUUUUGUAAUUAUUUUGGGGGUUGGGGUUUGGAAUCAACCGAUUGCUUGUAGUGUUGGGGUUGAGAUGGUGUGAACAAUGUGUGUGAUGUAUCCAUGUUCUUCCUAAGUCCCUCCAAACUUUUUUUUUUUUUGUUAAUAAAUAGAGAAUGAGGUCGAUGUAUUUAACUAUUUAUGCUCGCAGUUUUCAUCUUUUUCUUUUUGCCUAAA